UUAGUACGACCCUCCUUUUGAAGAUCGAUGCGUCUCUUGUUGCGUUGCAAGAAAAGCUUCCGGUCUGCGUUCGCGCAAUUGUCGUUGAUCACCUGUGUUCGGAACACACCGCUAGUCCGUCAGCGCGUUACAUUCGCCGCACACUUCUCGCUUACUCGAUAUCCGAAGACCAAUAGUUUAUCAUUAAUUCGUGCUUCUACUUUGUUCACGCAGCACACCGAUAUGGUCUGGAGUACUGACGACGAUAAGAUGGCAGGAAAGCCAAAUACCACUGCACUCAAUGCGCAAAGUCAUUUAGAGCACAUGUGUGCCCUUGACAUCGAGCCCCAUGCUUCCUUCGUUCGUUUGUCUGGCAUCAUUUGUACCAUCGGACCAGCAUCCCGGUCUGUUGAGACUCUUGAGAAGAUGAUUGAAACUGGAAUGAACAUUGCUCGUAUGAACUUCUCUCAUGGAUCCCAUGAGUACCAUGCUGAAACCAUUGCUAAUGUGAGACAGGCUCAGAAAAAUGUUUCGGAACGCACCAAGACAAGUGUGCCAGUAGGCAUUGCUCUGGACACAAAGGGACCAGAAAUACGUACUGGACUUUUGGAGGGUGGCGGUUCUGCAGAAGUGGAACUGCAGAAAGGACAGACUUUCAAAUUUACAACCGACAAAGCUUACUUGGAAAAAGGGAAUGCACAGAUUGUGUGGGUUGACUACGAAAAUAUAUCAAAAGUAGUCAAAGUUGGAAACCGCAUCUUUGUUGACGAUGGCUUGAUCUCUCUCAUUGCCACCCAAGUUGCCUCUACCCAGAUUACAUGCACUGUUGAAAAUGGCGGCAGUUUGGGUUCUCGCAAGGGAGUCAAUUUGCCAGGAGUUCCCGUUGACUUACCAGCUGUCUCAGAGAAGGAUAAGUCCGAUCUUCAGUUUGGUGUUGACCAAGGAGUAGACAUGAUUUUUGCUUCAUUCAUCCGUGACGGAGCUGCACUAACAGAGAUCCGUGGUAUCCUUGGUGAAGCAGGAAAGAACAUAAAGAUUAUUUCAAAAAUUGAGAACCAGCAAGGCAUGGUCAAUCUGGAUGAGAUCAUAGAAGCCUCUGACGGUAUCAUGGUGGCACGUGGUGACCUUGGUAUUGAAAUACCACCAGAGAAAGUAUUCCUAGCACAGAAAAGCAUGAUCAGCAGGUGUAACAGGCACGGAAAACCAGUAAUUUGCGCCACCCAGAUGUUGGAAUCAAUGAUCAAAAAGCCUAGAGCAACUCGCGCUGAAACUUCAGAUGUUGCAAAUGCCAUUCUGGAUGGAGCAGACUGUGUCAUGCUUUCAGGGGAGACAGCCAAGGGAGACUAUCCUCUUGAAUGUGUCCGGACCAUGGCCAAUAUCUGUAAAGAGGCCGAAGCUGCAAUCUGGCAUAACCAGAUCUUUGCUGAUCUCUGCAGAAAUGUAUUACCUCCUAUCGACGCUACUCACUCGGUCGCAAUUGCUUCUGUUGAGGCGUCCAUCAAAUGUCUAGCUGCUGCAAUCAUCGUCAUCACUACUUCGGGACGCUCGGCACAUUUAAUUUCCAAGUACAGACCAAGGUGUCCAAUUAUUACUGUCACCAGGUUCGAACAAGUCGCGCGGCAAGGCCAUCUGUAUCGUGGUAUUCUGCCACUUCACUACUCGGAAUCCCCGCUUCCUGACUGGUUGAAGGAUGUCGAUGUGCGUGUACAGUACGGUCUAAACUUUGGCAAAAAUCGUGGAUUUAUUCAGACCGGUGACACUGUCGUUGUUGUCACUGGAUGGAAACAGGGAUCUGGUUUCACAAAUACCCUUCGUGUCGUGAAGGUGGACUAAGCAUUUGAUCAUCGCAGAAUUGGUCACUAGGUAUCCUGUUGCUACGAUCCGCGUUGGAGUUGAGAUCUGUCUACUCCAGGAAGUUUUUUACUUCAAUUGCGUGCAUCUGUCCGCAUAUGAGCGAAUAAUGGUGUCUUUGCACUUUGGAUACCUGCUGCUACUUUGACUACCACUACUACUUCUAUUACUACCAGUGUUUAUUUCGCGUACGCUAGAUUUUGUAGUGAAAAUCCGUACGGUUGUGAAGCUACAAAAGUGACACGCAACUAGAAUGUAUGUAACCAACUGUGAACAUAGAACUAAUAUUACAAUUAUAGUCUAUGAAUAAAUUAUUGCA